UCUCACUUUGUUCGUAUUCGUAUUCGUAUCGUAUCACACAAAAAACACGAAAGUAUUUCAUGACACAUCUAUCGCAGAGUUCUUGGGCAAUUUUGAAAAAAUUAAUUUUUUUCUUCAAGAUCUCUCAUUCUCUAUCAUCAAGAACUCGAAGUACGUAGAAGGUGAAUUUUUCUGAAUGGCAAGAAAUAUCAACGUGAUAUCCAUUACACUUACCAUAGCAGCAUAAAACAGUGAAUUUCAACCGGCUGUCAAGCAAUGGAAGAAUAUGUUGCUGAAAAUGAAACGAACACCGGGAAGUUUUCGGAUGAACCGAAAGAUGUCAACAUAAACUAUUUCGACAUCGCAUCAAAAUUAUUGAAUGAUCGUUUAUUGCUCACUGCUUUGGAACUACAUUGCGAACUGAGUGAAGCAGGAAAAGAAGUUCCUCAGUUGAAGGAAUUCUUCUCAAAUCCGGGAAAUUUUGAACAACCAUGUGUUCGACCAGAAUUAUCACCUACUAUUUUGACGCGAUGGUCAAGUCAAGCUACUUUGGAUUCCUUGGAUAUGACACGUUAUUCGGAAGAUGGCGAAAAAGUUGUCGAUGAUCGUGUUGCUGUGUUGGAAUUUGAGCUACGUAAAGCUAAAGAAACUAUAAAUGCAUUGAGAACUAAUCUUACGGUAGCGACAGAAUGCGAAACUCCAACAAGCAAUAAGAAUUCUAAAAGUUGCAUUUAUGAUCCAAUCAAACCACACGAGCAACGUGCCCUUAAUUACCUCAUUAAUGAAUAUUUACUAAUGCACGGUUAUAAGCUAACGUCGAUUACAUUCGCCGAUGAAAAUGAAGAUCAGGAUUUUGAAGUAUGGGAUGAUGUUGGAUUAAAUAUACCAAAACCACCUGAACUAUUGCAUUUAUACAGAGAUUCUAUGAGAAGUAGUCAUGUGUUACAUGCCACUUAUCAAACUACUUUUACACAAACUGAUUAUUGCAUUGAGGAAGUAGAAUUACUGGUAUCGCAGUUGGAUAAACUGAACGAAAGAAUAGCUGAAUUGGAACAAGAAAAUAAGGAACUUUAUUCUUCCUUAGAAAACAUGAAGGCAGAUACAGAUGGUUUAGAAACUGUAACCACUCAUUUUGCAGCACCAACUUCAGAAUCGGGUUCUUUACCAGACCAUUUUAUUAUGGUAGAUUCUAAUCAGUUAGUCACCGCUGAAUCUAACACCAACUUGGAUCAGAAUAAUAAAACGCCCGAUUUAUCGGAAUCAGCUCCAUCAAAAUUUAUCGAUGUAGUAGAAACAAUUGACUCGGAUGAAUCGACAUCACACAGUAACGAAUGGCUUAAGCUCAAUGAAAAUGAAAUCGAAAAGAAAACCAACGAUAAAUGUGAUAUAUUGGGCAUCUUGGCUGAAAAUUCGGAUAGGCAUGUUCCUGUACAUUUCCAGAAAGAAGUCCUUAAUCGAUGUUACGUCGAAGUUGGAUCGAUGCCUGGACAUUGUUUAUUGGAACAGUUUGAUAGUGAAGAUAUUUUACAUAAAUUUGUACACAUAAUUGCCGGAACUGUUCAUAAAAUUGUUUCCAACAUUCCACCUAAUUUUAGAGAGGAUUUAAUUUUAUUAAUAGCUUAUACAAUUCUUCAUCAUCCAGUCAGUAGCAUCCGGGAGAAAUUGAUACAAUUAUUAUUCAAUUUGAAAAAGAAGCCGAGAGACGACGAAAGAAAAGCAAUUCUAUCUAGUUUGAUUUGGUUAGCAUGUAAUGCAGAUAUAAGUUUAGUGGAAAAUGAAGUUCUUCCUCUUUGUUGGGAAGAAUUGAGUCAUAAAUAUAUCGAAAAAAGGUUGCUCAUUUCAGAAUUGUGUUGUGCUCUUGCACCAUUUCUGUCGAGUAUAUCCAGAAGUUCAUUAUUGUUAUCAUUGUUGCAACAAAUACUGCUCGAAGAUAAAGACGACCGAGUGAAAGCUUCCGCCAUUAAUUCUAUUUCUUUCAUUACUACAUUCAUAGACGAUGAUAAUAAAUACGCGCAGUGUGAAGAAUUAUUGUUUACCGCUUUGCAAGAUAGUUCCAGUGGCAUAGUGGAGAUUACCACGCUGACUUUACUCCCCGUGUUGACCAAAUGGGCAUUUGAUAUUGAUAAAUUGCAGUCUCACUUAAUUCCAAGAUUAUUACGCUUAUUGGAAACGCAAAUCAAGACUGCUGCUGUUCAGCAUAAAGGUGAUCAUGGGUCUCCAUUUAAGCAGAAUUUUCUUUGGGAAACCAAAUGUAUUUGGACAGUGUCCGCUAUUAGAAGUAUUUUACCUUAUUUGGUGAUGCAUGUCACCACAGCUCCAAUCGUGUUACAGUCUAUCAAUUCUAAUUUACCUCAAUCGAUAUCGAGAACUGGGUUUUCGGACGUGUGUCGUGGUUUAUGUAAUCCUGCCAUAUUUUAUGAAGGUAAAAAUAGCUUAGGUGAAAUCGUACGUGCUUUUGAUGCUAUCGUUGAAAACACCGACUGGUCUCAGUUGGAGUGGCUUUUGACAGCUGUGAUUUCGAAAUUCUUAGAAUUCUUAGUUCAAGUAAACGUUUCUCAAGAAGAAUUACUGAAAGCGUUUAUAACCUUGUUUCAUUCCAUUACUUCGGGUUUCGGUAAAACUGCUGUUGAUGCGAAGAUUAAACCAUUGUUUCAAGAGCAAUUGAAAAUUAUCGAAUCAAAAUUAGCUGAUGUUUCGAAAGAGUUACCUAAUUUAUCCAUUUUGCCGGUGUACUUAUUUUCAGUUGUGGUUCCUCUACAAGAAGUGCAAGAUUUACAAAAUACUUUUCGCAGAUUUCUAUUCAUAUUACCUAUUUCGGGGUAUCCUAUUAACAUAUUGGAAUUUUGCGUUAAGGAGCUCAAUCAGAUUAAUUUCGCGCAAGAAAUAUUAUUAUCAGUAUUAUGGGAAGGAGUUGUUCAUAGCAGAGAAGCUGUAAGAUCAGUGGUAGUGAAAUUGUUUUCUUCUAUCAUUCCGUCCUCGUCUGAUUUUAUUAUAGUCAAUCGCAUAAUGCCUGCCAUUGUAACUCUUUCAAAUGAUGCUGAUUUAGGUGUGAAGACAGCAACUAUACAAGUUUUUGGUACCCUAAUCAAAGAAACUUCCAAUAAAGAGAUUUCCGAUAAAUGUUGCUUCCAAUUGCAAACAUUCCUCAGCGAGCAAAAUUUGUUAGAUAACCAUACUACUUUAGUGCAGCUAAUAUAUACUUUCGGUCAAAUUGCUUCAGACUGCGAUUUCGCUUUCAGAGAAGACGUUAUAGUUCCGCAACUUUCCGCUUUUGCUGCGUCUACUUUACAAUUAACGAAUCAAACUAGAAAACAAGAACUUUCGCGUGUACUUUUAGAUGCGUACAGCGCCGUGAUUUAUUGUUCUUUUACAAAAAGUACCAUCACUAGUGCACUUCUUCCUGGAUUAAGAUGCUUAGAAGCUAUUUGUGCUGAUUCAAUGGCUCAUCGUGAAACUAUUUCUUCGAUGAUCAAAGAGGUUGAAGCAAGAUCUGGUCUCACUGAACCCACGAAUAAUUCAAAUUUAUCUUCGGUAACUGCGAACAUGGGACAAGAAGUUAAGCAACGAAUGUCCAAAAUAUUCCAAACGCCCAUUUCAAAACAGAAUAAAUUUUGGAAAAAAUAGGCGAACGUUCAAGUAUUUUAUUUUAUUUAUUUUUCUAAUUGACAUUGCAUGCAAUACCACCUAUUCAUCGUAGAUUUGUUUCUAAUGGAUAAAAAUUUGUAUCAGGUAUGCAGUAUACUUGAUUAUAAAAUCGCAUAUCAGCUUCCACUAAUUCUUUUGUGUUACUUAGUGUAACUAUUUACGUGUGUAUUGUUCGGAAGUAAUUGUAACAUUUCUUCCGAAAAAUUUAAAUUGUUGUUAUGAUGUGUGAUAUAAAUAUUACAAAAAUGUGAUUUAUCUGUUAUAUGUAUGCUAUUAUAUAGGUGUACUUAUGUAUUUUAUUUGUGAUUGAUAGAGUGUGAUUCAUAUCAAAUAUGAACGAUUUAAUUUUUGUUUCAACUUUUUAUACAGUAUUGUUAUUUCAAAAACUAAUUUCUCAUAAAUAAAUAAUUUUGAAGGAAAUAAAAAGUACGAUAUACAGGUACAUAUAUUUUUUGGA